AUGGCUCAAAAGAUUGUGAGACCUGUAAUAACCGCUGAUAGUGUUGUGACUAAGGUGGGUCCCGGUAAGUACAACAUAGCUGUGGAUCUUAACAGGGGAAGACCGACGAGAAAGGCUCCGAAGAUACCUAAAGGUGUAGCUUCAUGGAAACCCACACCUAAGCCUAGAACGGUACUUCCAAGGGAAAGACCUGUACCGAAACCCAGAACUAAGCUUCCUAAGGAAAGACCUGUACCUUUACCAAGGAAGACAAAACCAGCAAAGAUCCGUAAGCCUGUAAAGCAUUUGAAGGAAGUUAAGGAGCAGCCUCGAGUGAUUACUCCAGAGUUACAUGAAAUCGAUCCAUCUGGAACUGACCUCCAGAAGCCCGGUCAUAGGAAAAUUGAGACGGCAGCUAACGGGGCCGCUGUGACGUACAUGCUAACUCCACAGUACAUGGAUCCGCUGGAGCAGAUGACUGCAAGUAGACAGGUAGUGAGAAGUAUACUUGUUAACGAGUUGAAGAGAAUGAGUGGGUUAAAGUACACAGAGACCAUCAAGGUGAGAAUGUCGAAGGAAGCCGGUGACGGGAAAACAAAGAAAGACUCGAUCUACUUCAAGUCUAAGAUGGGGACUGUGACGAACUUCGAAGAUAUUGAAAAUACAGCAGCUGCCAAUCAACUGACCAUUCUUUCUAGAAUUGAGACUUUCCAAAACCUAGGUAGCAACUGGAUUAUAUUGAAUAUUGCGAGCCACUAUGUCAACAUUGCUAUGUACAAACCACUGGCGGGAAGCUCAUAUAUGAAACUUCCUGAUGACAUUAGUAAUUCCAAGUGUGGCUUGCUAAACAUGAGGAACGAUGAUAAUAUGUGCUUUGUGUGGUGCCACGUAAGACACCUUAGACCGAAAGCUAGAAGGGCAACUACUAUUACACAAAAGGACAGGGACUUCGAGUUAAGCCUUGAUUAUGAAGGUAUUGAGUUCCCUGUGAAGAUUAGUGAUAUUGACAAAAUUGAGAGGAAAAAUAAGAUAAACAUCUCUGUGUUCGGCUAUAAGGGAAGAAAACAGUUCUACCCCAUAAGAAUCUCUAAGAGUGAACAUGAGGAUCACAUGGAACUGCUCCUACUAGGUGAUGGUGAAGGUAACUUACAUUAUGUGCUAAUCAAGGAUGUGAAUAAGAUGCUGAACAGUGUGAGUAAACAUGGACAUAAGCAGCACUUCUGUCUACACUGUCUGCACAACUGUACAAGUGAAGAUGUACUGGAAAAGCAUAAGGAGACGUGCGUACAGGUAAAUGGAGUUCAAGCUACAAGGCUCCCUAAGGAGGGAACAAAAAUUAAGUUCAAAAAUCAUAGGAACUCCAUGCCUGUACCCUUUGUGAUAUAUGCUGACUUCGAAUCAAUACUUUUCCUGAGGAGAAGAAGGAUGAGGAGAAGGAUGAGGACGAGAGUAAUACUAACCGUUACCAGACACAUCAGGCGUGCAGUUUCGGUCUCAGAAAAAGUGUGCCACUAUGAUGAUAAGUAUUCUGGUGAAUAUAAGAGCUACGUUGGAAAUAACGCUGCAUUUGUCUUUCUCAAGACCGACCUGAAAGAGUCGUUCAGAUGUAGACAGCUGGUUGACAGUAUAUUCACAAGGAAGAUGGUAAUUAGACCUGAACAGGAAGUGGAAUUCCAAGGGGCAAAAGACUGUUCCAUAUGUAGUAAUGAGUUGGGUGAAGACAGGGUAUGA